CUUACCUAUUUCACAAGAUAAUAGAUUGUUUGCCAUGUCCGCUUCUGCAAGUGAUGAUCCACUUUUCGUUAAAAGUCUGGAUACGGAGGAUCUUAUCACCUUCUUACAAGAACAAAACCUUGAACUUAGUGAAAAACAUUUCGAUGUACUUCGUGGUGAAAAAAUUAUGGAAGCACACCGGAAAUUUUAUAAAUAUUUGGACGAAGUCAUUAAUGAUGUGGAGGUUUCACAACAAGUUCGUAAACGCGCAAGGGAACUUUUAGAACAAAAAAAGAUCAGUAGCAUGGCUACUGUCGCUGAUAUAGAAUUGAAAUAUGACCCCCAAGAGAAUAUCGAAAAUCAAAUACCAGAGGUUAUUAGUCAGGAAAAAGCACUCUCGUUUAUUCCGCCAAUCAUUGAAUUUUCUUCGUUUGCUUCAACUUCAAAAACUACUACUUCAGCAGUCGGUAAAGCACCGAGGAAAGUACUACUUUGGAAAGAGUUUUUUGAAAAAGUAAAUGGAUAUAAAUUUGAUGUGAACCCAAAAUUCAAAAAACCAGAAUUUCAUUAUAGUCAUUUAUUAAACAAGGAAAGCACCGUUUUGACGGCCACAGAUGUCAAUAUUAAUAUGAUAUUAAAUGAAAUAAUGGGAAAAAAUUAUGAUUUUUCAGACCGUCUAGCCUAUAUUCCUGGCUCAGACUUUACUUGCUACUAUAUGGAAGAAACAUUAAUUUUGAUAAUGGAAAUAAAAAGAAAGCAUCUCUUUGAAGACAUGAACGAACAAACAUUUCUAGAAUUUUAUGCA